AUGUUCAACAUUGAUAACAUCGUUCAGUGUGCUACUUCCAUUUCUUCGCUAUCUUCCAAUACAUCAUCAUCAACACCAUUAUAUCAUCCUCAUCCUACUCGUCAGAAUCAAACAUCAUCAGUAUUUCAUAUACCAUCUUUUGCAUCACCACUGUAUAAUACUCCACUACCACCUCAACAACAUCAUCAUCAUUCAUAUCCAUAUCAAUCUUAUUCACAAACAUUAUCACAAGAUGAAUGGUCUUUAAUAGUUUCAUUAAGAAUGAUGAACAAUCUAAGUGUAUUAUCACCAUUUCAACCGCCACCAUCUUCUGCAGUACAUCAACAAUCAGGUGAUGUAACAUCUCAUCAACCUUCUUCUUCUGAUCAAACUGGUCACCAGAUUCAACUAUCGACAUAUUAUGCAACAAAAGCUGCAGCUAUUCAUCCAUACACACCACCAUCACCACUACCAAUAACAACAACAACACCACCACCACCAACAACACCACCACCACCAACACCACCACGAACAACAACACCACCAACAACAACAACACCACAACAAUUACUAUAUGUUCAACAGACUCAAUGUCCCACUACACAAACACAGCAACUGUUAACAACAGCUGCUUCACAACCAUCAACAAUUUCAGCACAUACAGAACCUGAACAAGUAUCUUCGUCUUCACAAAUAUCAUCGUCACGACAAAUGUCUUCACCUCCACAAAUACAAUCUGGUCACCAGAACCAUUCACCUAUGCUACAACUACAGUCACAUUCUUCUCCUGCUUCACCACCACCAGCUAUUAUUUCACCAGUACAACAACACCAACGAAAAGUUUCAGAUCAAAGUAUAUCAGCUUCUCCUCAACAACAUCAAUCAACUCAUCCACAAACACCAACAAUCUUUCACUACAACCAAACGAUAACAGGACCAGCUGUUCAAUUACUUGAUCCAACAAAACCAUAUGAACUUGGAGAUACUAUUAAAAAUUGGUGGACGUGUUCAUCAAUAGUUAUCCGAUCAUCGGAUCCAACUGUGAAAAAUUAUUUUCGGAUUUAUUCUAUUCAAGGUGAACAUAUUCAUGAACCAGCACCAAACAAUAUUGAAGUUCGAAAAUUUAAACAUCGUAUAAGAGAGCGUUGUAGACAAGAAUUAUCUAGUCCACGAACAAUUUAUGAAGAUGAAUUGAAGAAAGGAAAAUAUUCAUCGGAAAUGUUAGCAGUUUUGCCAACAUUUUAUAAUAUGCAAGCACAGUUAUAUCAUAUUCGUCAAGAACAUUUACCACCAUCACCAACAGAUCCUAACUUCAUCCUACAUCCAGCAUUUACAUCUACAGACCAAGGUGAAAGAUUUUUAUUAUAUGACUCAAAUAAUGUUCAAGCACCAUAUGCACCAGCACCAAUUAAAGUCGGACGUCUUAUAAUCUAUGCUAGUGAUUUACAGUUGAAUAUUUUAUCGAAAUCGAAACGUAUUGGUAGUGAUGGUACAUUUGAAACAGCUGCACAGAUUACUCAUCAAAAUUAUAUAAUAAUGGGUGAAUAUGAAGAAAAACAUCCUGUACCAUUAGUUUUUUGUUUAUGCGAACAUAUGAAUUAUGAAACAUAUGAAUUAAUCAUACAAGUAUUAAAAACAGCUGUUAGUAAUUUAAAAUUAGAUUUUCAACCAACGUAUUGGAUGAGUGAUUACGAAGCUGCAUUAACAAAAGCUAUUAAACAAGAGCUACCAAAUACUAAAUUGCUUGGUUGUGCUUUUCAUUAUAAUCAAGCAAUCUAUCGCAAUAUUCAAACUAAAGGUUUACAAGAGGCUUAUCAAAAUGUUGAAGUAGUACGUCAAAUGCUUCGUCAAAUUAUGGCUUUGGCUUUUAUACCAAGUGAUCAAAUUAAAAUAGUGUACAAUGAUGUUAUUAAACCACAAUUAAGUAAUGUUCCCACAAGACCAACAUCUCUUCGUCAUAGUUUACGUAAUUUUUUAAAGUAUUACGAAUCAUACUGGUUAACAAAGAUUUAUAAAUUCUGUGUAUUUGAUCAACCAACACGGACAAACAACGAACUUGAAGGAUACAAUAAUAAAAUGAAUGUUCAGCUAACAGCUCAUCCACAUCUUUAUCGCCUUAUUAUAUGGUUUGAAAAAGAAGAAUUACUUGUACAACAAUUAGCAAUGAAAGUGAUUUCAGAUAUACCGGUGCAUAAACGAAAACGUGCACCAAUAACAGUUCUUGUUGAUAAUUCAUUACAAUCCUUAUGGAAUAGUUAUAAAGCUGGAACACUCACUCCAAAAGCAUUAUUAUUGGAAUCGUCAAAAUGGAUAGCAAGAAAAGCUUGA